AUGGCGACAGCUUCUGCUCCCGAUACUUCUCUUCUUUCCCUGCUAUACCGAUCCUACCCUACCAUCAUCUCCCCAGACGCGACUGAGCCCGAUCUCCUACACGCCACUCCUAAAAUUUUUGGCAAGACCACCUUCACCGCAGCAGACGAGGCGGAGCUGAAGACCUUGCUGGAGAAGAUUGCAGUACUCAAGGCUGCACUGAAAAAGGAGGACAAGGAAGCCGUUGCGAAUGUCCUGUCUCAGCUGAACGCUCACCUCGCUACCAAGACGACUUUGCUUGGUGCGAAGCCCUCGGUUGCGGAUAUCGCGCUGUACGCCCUCCUGGCGCCAGUGGUGGAGAAGUGGACGCCAGAAGAGCGCACUGGAGAGAAGGGAUAUCACCAGAUUGUGCGUCAUGUUGAUCUCGUGCAGAAUGGUGAACUGUUCGGAUUGCACGUUCCCGAAGAAGAGAAGGUGAAGAUUGACCUGGAUGAUGUCCGUUUCGUACCGAAGCGGGCUGAUCCAAAGGAGGAAAAGGAACGUAAGAAGAAGGAGAAGGCUGCCGCCGAGAACCCUGAUGCUGAGAAGACGGAGGGUAAGAAGACCCUCGUAGUCGGACAGGGUAAACCUGAAAAGGCGGCUGGCGAACAAGCUGCUGCUGGUGCUGCACAGCCCAAAGCUAAGAAGGAGAAAAAGGAGAAGAAAGAAAGACAGCCCAAGGCUGCACCUGCUCCUGCAGCACCACCUUCCCCGUCUAUUAUUGAUCUUCGCGUUGGCCAUAUUCUUCGUGCCAUUAAUCACCCCAAUGCCGAUUCCUUGUACGUUUCCACCAUUGAUUGCGGUGAUGCGCCCGGUUCCGACAAUACCUCCCUGGAUGAAGCGACGGGCAAGACCGUGCGGACUGUUUGCUCCGGUCUGAACGGACUCGUCCCUCUGGAGGAGAUGCAGGGUCGUAAGAUCGUGGCUGUCUGCAACCUGAAACCAGUUACCAUGCGCGGAAUCAAAUCCGCAGCUAUGGUUCUGGCUGCAUCCCCCCGUGUUGCUGAAGGCGAAGAUUCCCACGCUGGACCCGUCGAGCUUGUGAACCCCCCAGCAGACGCACCGGCCGGUGAACGCGUUUACUUUGAUGGCUGGAAAGAGGGCGAGCCGGAGAAGGUUCUCAACCCGAAGAAGAAAGUCUGGGAGACAUUCCAGCCCGGGUUCACGACUACGGAUAACCUCGAGGUUGCGUUCGAGAGCAGCGCGGUCCCUGCCGUGCAGGGCCAGGAAGGCAAGCCGGCUCUUGGUAAGCUGGUGACCGCGUCGGGCGGCGUAUGCACGGUGAAGAGCUUGAAGGGAGCUACCGUUCGGUAG